AUGUGGCGAAAAAUUUUGAAAGUUCGAGGGCUGGCUCGGGAGUUCUGUAAAGUUGAAGUUUAUAAUGGGAAAGGGACAUCUUUCUGGUAUGACCAGUGGUCUCCUUUAGGCUGCUUGAUGGAUAUGUUGGGAGCAAGGGGUCAGAUCGAUACGGGAAUACGGCAACAUGACACGGUGCAUACUGCGAGGACAAAACGUAGAAGAAGAGUCCACCGCUCAGCGGGUCUGAUUCAAAUUGAGAACCAGCUCCAGUGUUUAUCUCAUUCUGAAGAGGAGGAUGUUGUCCUUUGGAAAGGGAAACAAGAUAUUUACAAAGAUCAGUUUCUUACUUCAGAAACUUGGAAUCACAUCAGAACUAAAAAAGAAAAGGUCUCUUGGCACAGAGGAAUCUGGUUCACUCAUGCUACACCAAAGCACAGGUUUUGUACUUGGCUAGCUAUUCGCAAUCGGCUCACUACGGGAGAUAGGAUGGUCGCCUGGAACGCUGGGAUUGAUGGGACCUGUGUUCUAUGUAUGCAGCAGCUGGAAACGAGAAACCAUCUAUUUUUUGGCUGCGAUUACUCCUCAUCACUAUGGUACAAGCUGAUGAAUGUUUUUAUGGGAAAUGGUUACUCAGAAGAGUGGAUGGAUGUCGUACGCUUCAUACAGAAACCAAACCUGGAUCGAACCAGAAGCUUCCUUGUUCGUUACGUUUUUCAAGCUACAAUCUACAUGAUUUGGCGUGAAAGAAACUGCCGCAGGCAUGGUGAGAGGCCGCGAUCUCCUGCAGUUCUCUUUGCCAUGAUUGACAGACUGGUCAAGAACAGAAUUAUGUCCAUUCGAGCACAAGACAGGAGACUUGAUUGUGCUUUCCAACUUUGGAUUGGAGCUAUACAAGCUUGA